UGUUCGUUGGCACGGCAACUGAUAAACACUUUCAGCAGCUGGAGUGGAGUUACAGUUUGAAAACUUUUCAUCUCUCUAUUUAAAAAAUUGUUGUAUAGCGCUCGUUAUCUAUACAAUAAAAGGGUAUUUCUUAUCAAUAGUGUGUUAUCUCUUGGACACAAUGCCUGUAGUUCACAAGACAGGAACUGUGAAAUCCAAGCAGGGGUCAAACACUCAGUCCCAGAAGGCACCCGCAGCAAAGCCUGCAAAAGCUGCCAGCAAGAAAAAGGAUGAGGAGGAUGGAACAGAGAUGGGUGAAGGAGAUGAGUGGAUGCAAGGGAAGACUCUGAUCAAGCCACUUGACCAGCUGGAUCUCACUGAGGCUGAGUUAAAAGAGGAAUUCACCAGGAUCCUGACUGCAAACAAUCCACAUGCCCCUCAGAAUAUCGUCCGCUACAGCUUCAAGGAACGUUCAUACAAGCCAAUCAGCAGUGUGGAUCAGCUGGCUGUCCACUUUGUGCUGGAGGGUAACCUGUUGCACCAGGACUCAGAUGAGGCACGCAGACAGAGGGCCAAACAGGGCCUCCCUGAGGAAAAAGCCACAGUUGAGACCGCUGUAGCUGAAAAGCCUGAGACUCCGGCUGCAGGUGGGGAGGAUGCAGGGGAUGUGGAGGAGGGUGGGGGAGAGGAGAGAGCUGACAGUGUGGAGUCCAAGGCUGGCAAGAAGGAGCAGAAAAUCACCAACCAGUUCAACUUCAGUGAGAGGGCCUCCCAAACUCUCAACAACCCACUCAGGGAAAGGGGAUGUCAGACAGAGCCCCCUCCUCGUGCAAACUUCUCAGCUACUGCCAAUCAGUGGGAGAUCUAUGACGUGUAUUUGGAGGUGCUGCAGAAGCAGGAGAAGAACAAGGAGAAGGCGAAAGCCGUCCCCAAGAAGGACGACGACAAAGGCAAGAAGAAGAUGAUGCUGGUGGAGACCCAGAGUGAUGACAUCACCAAAGUGGCCAAGGUGGCCAAGAUCAUCGAGCGGAUGGUGAACCAAAACACGUUUGACGACAUUGCACAAGAUUUUAAGUACUUUGAGGAUGCUUCUGAUGAGUACCGGGAGCAGGAGGGCACCCUUCUCCCCCUCUGGAAGUUUCAGUACGACAAAGCCAAGAGGCUGUCUGUCACUGCCCUCUGCUGGAAUGAAAGCUACAAAGAUUUGUUUGCCGUCGGCCUUGGAUCAUAUGACUUCACCAAGCAGGGGCGGGGCAUGCUGGUGUUCUACUCCCUGAAAAACUCCACUUUCCCUGAGUAUAUCUACCCCACGACGUCGGGCAUCCUGUGCCUGGACAUCCACAAGCACCUGCCCUACCUGGUGGCCGUGGGCUUCUACGACGGCUGCGUGGCCGUCUACAACCUCAAAGAAGAGACGCUGCAGCCCAUCUAUAAGAGCACCGCCAAGUCUGGCAAGCACACCGACCCUGUGUGGCAGGUGAAGUGGCAGAAGGACGACAUGGACAACAAUCACAACUUCUUCUCUGUGUCAUCUGAUGGCCGUGUGGUGUCAUGGACUCUUGUCAAGAAUGAGCUGGUCUUCACAGACAUCAUCAAGCUGUCGUUGGCGGGAGCUGUGUCAGAAGGACCAGAAGGCGUGCAACUUCCCAUCAUGGCUUGUGGAACAUCCUUCGACUUCCACAAACAGAUUGACUACCUCUUCCUGGUUGGCACGGAGGAGGGCAAGAUUCACAAGUGCUCCAAGGCUUACUCCAGCCAGUUCCUGGAGACCUACAAUGCCCAUAACAUGGCAGUGGACGCAGUUAAGUGGAACCACUUCCACACCAAGGUCUUUAUAUCCUGCAGCUCUGAUUGGACCGUCAAGAUCUGGGACCACACCAUCAAGACCCCAAUGUUCACCUUUGACCUGAACGCCUCUGUGGGAGAUGUGGCAUGGUCUCCUUACUCCUCCACUGUCUUCGCUGCAGUCACCACUGAUGGCAAGGUUCAUACCUUUGACCUUAGCAUCAACAAAUAUGAGGCCAUCUGCCAGCAGCCGGUGGUGGCCAAGAAAAAGACUAAGCUGACUCACAUUGAGUUUAACCCCGUCUACCCCAUCAUCAUCGUGGGAGACGACCGAGGAUAUGUUACUAGCCUCAAGCUCUCGCCUAACCUGCGCAAAAAACCCAAGGAGAAGAAGGGUCAGGAGCUGCCCAAGGGGCCUGAGGUGGAGAUCGCCAAGAUGGAGAAGUUGCUGAGUUUACUGCGGGAGCCAGAGAACAGCAAUGCUUAGAAACUAUGACAACACCAUGCAGGACUGUAGUCGCCCACUAUUUCUACUACUGCACUCCAGUUAUAAACCCACCACCAGUCAUGCCUUAUUACUACGGUCUUCUAAAGCUGCAUACUAAAGCCAACGUUCCUUCCUGUUGAAGUAUAGUGGGGUCUAUUGGAUCUGUGCAAUAUAGCCUACUGUUUUUCUCACUCUUGCGCUGUGCACUAUACUAAACAUAUAGAUAGUCAGUGUGCAACCAGCAAAGUCUCCUUUACCUGAUGCGGCAAAACCACUCAAGCUUUGGGUUAUAUUUUUUUGUUUUGGAAAACAGAGUAGCUCAGUUUGUUUGGAAAUAUUAAUAAAAAAUAUUUAUCAUUC